CACACCAAUGAGCUCUGAAGCCCCUGCCGCUACCACUGUUCAGCAAACUACCACCUCUGCCUACCAGCAACCUAUGUACAACGUGGUUCAACCUCAGGGUGCAUCUUAUGUACCCCCCGAGUUCCAACCUCAAGUGUCCAUGGAUCCUGAGAGCAUCAAGCACCAGAAGACUCAGAGCCUCUCGAUGCUCGACAGCCAGCUGAACAUGGCCGUGCAGACCUGCAAGAGUGACUACGAACAGGCCAAGCAGCAGAUCUCCCUCCGUGCCAACUUCGACCUCCAGACUGCGGUCGGCGCCGUGGAGCAAUCUCGCCAGCAAGCUCUGUUCGCCCUUGACCAACAGCAUCAGCAACGUCGCAUGGAGAUCGAGCAGAGGGCUCAGGAACAGCGCAUGCAGAUUGAGUCUACUGCGAGUCAGCUCUGCAUGCAGGCUCAGCAACAGAAGCUUCAGAAGGAGAUGAGUGAUCGUAUUGCUAAGCUCCAGAAGGAACAGGCUGACCGCGAGGCCAAGGCUCAGAUGACGAUGCCCUCGCUGCCUCAACAGACCACUGUUACCGGUUCUUAUGUCCCUCCUGCACAGUACAGUACUAUCUCUGCUCUCAUGCCUCAACCUAUCUAUGCGAAUGCUGACGGCGGUGUUACCACUAACUAUUCCACAGUUGGUAACAUCUCGUCAUACCCUGGUUCUUACACUGGUAACUUCUCAUCCUAUCCUGCCAACUAUGGUGGCAUCCCUGGCUAUUCUGGACAACCUCAGGUUAUCAGAACGGUUCGUGUGGUGAGCGAUACACAGUCUGCUCAGCCUGCUACUGCUACUACCGUCUCUAGCUAGACGAUUGCCAAUCAAAUGAUUGUUUACAUGAAUAGGAUUUGCGCUCAAGGAACUCUCUUGAUGCAAUUGCAUGAAGAGGUAGGGCGUAGUUCCGCAUUGUUUGAUUCUUCAUC